AUGGCGGAAGCGAACAACAGUUUUUUUUUUGUUGAGGAAAACUUUUCUUGCUGCAAAAUGUAUAAAAAGUUAAUUAAUGGGACAUAUCAUUACUAAGCGACAUGUUGGAGCGUUGUCCUAUGUUCUUAGCAUGUCGUGUGUUUGGUUUGUAUUGAGUCCAGUGGCGCUCAGCUGUCGAGUUAAAACCGAAUACGAGACCAAAGCCGGACAGUGCUGUCCCAAGUGCCAUGAAGGAUCAUUUGUCAAGAGGGACUGUACAGCACUGUAUGGCACACAGUGUGAAUUUUGUCAGCAAGGGGCCUAUAUGGAUCAGAUGAAUAGCUAUAAAGAAUGUACCACAUGCAGUAUUUGUGACACAGGUCAUGGUCUCUUCGUCCACCAGCCUUGCACUAGUGUAAGCAACACAGUGUGUGGAGUUUUAAAUGGAUAUUUUUGCACGAGAUUCACAGACAAUGGUGGUUGUAGUUUGGCGUUCAGACACACAGUGUGUGCACCUGGUCAGCAGAUGAAACAAGCUGGAACCAACAGAACCGACACAGUGUGUGAAGACUGUCAGUCAGGCUUUUUUUCUCUGGAUGGUGUCAACUGCACAGCAUGGAAAGUCUGUGAAGAAACUGAAACCGUGGUCAAAGAGGGGAGCUCCAGCCAAGACGUCAUUUGUGAAAGAAGUGCAGGAAGAAUUCAUCACGCUACACUUGCAUCUUUCUUAUUGUUGGUGGUGGUGGUGGUGGUGGUCAGCCUGAUCAUCAAAGCAUGCGGCCUGCUAGCUCAAAGCCACGUCUCCGUGAUGAAAAUAACGCUGCAGUUCCGCACAAAGCUGUUUGUGGCCAUUCGUAGCUCCAAUUCGUCCAUUUUGUGGGUGAUGGAUCUGGCGUUUGAGAGGAAGAGGCUUGGUAAUGCUGGCCUGUGA